CAGCUUCAGCUGGGAUCACAAGCUUCUAGGGAUCCUUAAGGCAAAGGAGAAACACAGAAGGUAUUCUUUCUACACAGGAAAGGACAUUUUAGAGCUGCUACCAUGAACGGAACAGAAGGUCCAAAUUUUUAUAUCCCCAUGUCCAACAAAACUGGGGUGGUACGAAGCCCCUUCGAUUACCCUCAGUAUUACUUAGCAGAGCCAUGGAAAUAUUCAGCACUGGCUGCUUACAUGUUCCUGCUCAUUCUGCUUGGGUUCCCCAUCAACUUCAUGACCUUGUACGUCACUAUCCAGCACAAGAAACUCAGAACACCCCUAAACUACAUCCUUCUGAACCUGGUAUUUGCCAAUCACUUCAUGGUCCUGUGUGGGUUCACGGUGACGAUGUACACCUCAAUGCACGGCUACUUCAUCUUUGGCCAAACUGGUUGCUACAUUGAAGGCUUCUUUGCUACACUUGGUGGUGAAAUGGCCCUCUGGUCACUGGUAGUAUUGGCCAUUGAAAGAUAUGUGGUGGUCUGCAAGCCCAUGGCCAACUUCCGAUUUGGGGAGAACCAUGCUAUCAUGGGUGUAGUCUUCACAUGGAUCAUGGCUCUGUCCUGUGCUGCUCCUCCUCUCUUUGGAUGGUCCAGAUACAUCCCAGAGGGAAUGCAGUGCUCAUGCGGAGUAGACUACUACACACUGAAGCCUGAGGUCAACAAUGAAUCCUUUGUCGUCUACAUGUUCAUUGUCCACUUCACCAUCCCCCUGUGUGUCAUUUUCUUCUGCUAUGGUCGCCUGCUGUGCACUGUCAAGGAAGCUGCAGCCCAGCAACAGGAAUCUGCUACAACCCAGAAGGCUGAGAAAGAGGUCACCAGAAUGGUUGUUAUGAUGGUCAUUUUCUUCCUGAUCUGUUGGGUGCCCUAUGCCUAUGUGGCAUUCUACAUCUUCACCCACCAGGGCUCUGACUUUGGCCCAGUCUUCAUGACAGUCCCAGCUUUCUUUGCCAAGAGCUCUGCUAUAUACAACCCUGUCAUCUACAUUGUCCUGAACAAACAGUUCCGUAACUGCUUGAUCACCACCCUGUGCUGCGGAAAGAAUCCAUUCGGUGAUGAAGAGGGAUCCUCUGCAGCCAGCUCCAAGACAGAAGCUUCUUCUGUCUCUUCCAGCCAGGUGUCUCCUGCAUAAGAGCUUCACCCAAGGCUGUCUCAGGGUCCGCUGCCUCACACAAUUCCCAUCACUUAAGCCCUGUCUACUUGUUGCGAAGGCAAAGAAUUCCACAGUUUAAUGUUUACCCCAUUCUGCCCAACCUUGGAGACUGUAAGAGCUGACCCCUUUACUGCUGGGAAGGCCCAAGCUUUGCUGUGUUCUGAUGUGGUCCUUUCAGCAGAAAAUGGGUUGAUACCAAUGAAUUUGGCCAAGGCUGUACAUAAAGAUACCAUUAGUUUGGAGACACCUCCCACAAGGAGAAUGCAAUACUUCUAUAUCUGUCUUUUUUCUUGGAGGUGACAUAUUGAUGCUGCUUCUAUUCAUGGUCAGUAACAAAAAAGAUCCAUUUUACAAUGUAACUGAAAGUUAUGUUUUUUGUAAUAUAAUAACAUAUUUCAUGCAAUCUCCUCUGCUUAUUGGCAAGGUCUGAUAUAGUGAGGAUAGACAGCCAGACCCCUUGCAUUAAAAUCCUGUAUUAAAAAUUUCUUUGCAAGUAAAAAAAAACUACAAAAAGUCAAA